AUGCACCGCGACACGCAACUGUACAGCGUUAACGUCCGGAUGGGCAAUUGGGUGGAAGAGACUCGUUUGCAAUCCGAAAAAAUAAAAUCGUUCUUGGCAAAAAGAGACCGAGGAGAAUUGCUCGUGCAGAAAUCGCAGAGAAUGUACGCAAGCCUUUUGCGACCAGUGGUCUUGAACUCCACCUCUGAAUUUUUGAGGUACGGAGAAGACGCACAGCUCGUGUGCUCAGACAUCCGUUUCCCAGGCUGGAGCGACGGUGCCGGUGGCGUGGCCCUGUCGUGUUCUACCAGCGACUACCGCUCGGAACUGGACGGGCUGGGACCGGGCUGCACCAUGACCGCUUCUCCGUUGACCGAGAGCUGCGUACGAAACUGCUUCAAGAUUUGCGGAAUUGGAAGCAACUGCGAAAAAGGAGAACCUUUGAUGUUUGGUGAUACGUUUACCAUUAGCCCGUGCAUCUCUUCCAAGCCGCUGUUCGUCACUGCCGUCAGUCUAUACACUGAACGAGGGGUGUCCGGUCACCCUGCAUUGAAGCUGGUUGACUCGCAUGACGCGUAUUGCCGGUGGACAGUAGACUACUGGCGUGUGUCGAUGCGCGAGGAAGCCAAAGGACUUCCGGUUCCGAACGGAGCCAGAGUAGUCCUAAAGCACACCGCCACGAAUUUGAACGCCGCGGUGGAGACGGACUUUCGGAUCGCGACGUUCUUCGGCGAUGAAUAUGAAGUAAGCGCACACUCGUACAAAGAUGGCAGAGGUUGCGAAAAGGCACAAAAUAUUUGGGAGUUUGUCACGUCCAGCAAACAUUCAGCAUUCAAAGAUGACGACGGGACGAAUAACGAUACAAAAACAAACAAAUAGUAUAAUAUAAUAUUAUUUUAUUAUAUGUCAUAUAAUACAAUAAUAAUAUGUCAUUAUUCAACUUAUUUACGGAUUCCACUGCAAACAGAUAAAACAACACGACAAACGAUACGGUUAAUACAAAAGUGCAAAUAUUUUCUCUGCGCUAUAGAGACCGCCAAAAAUGUGUUUUCGUUUUAAAGGGUAUACAAAAAAUAACAAACAAACAAACAAAAAGUAGUAUUUGAUUAUCAGUACAAAUAUUAUUUCUUAUUUUCACAGAGAAAAAUAAAUAAAAA